CUGUUCAGGGACCAAGAAGAAACACUGACUUCCGGAUAAAUAAACGACUGACAAUUGAACCUUUCAGAACGAUUCAUGUUGACAAGACUUUGAACGGUUUUGGAUCACAGUUGUCAGUAACCUGUCCUAUAUUUGAGUGAAUAUGAAUUCUCUUGUGGGAUACGGGGUUUCCUCCGAGUCAGAGGAUGAAGAGAAUGGAGAAGACAAUCAGAAGGAGUCCUUCAAAAAGACUGAUUGUGCUGUAGAGGAGGCAAAAAGCCGUAAUUUCCUGUUGGAGUCGGAAUCACCUUCCAGUGAGUCUGAAUCUGGUCCAGAGAAUGAGGAUCAAGAGGAGGCACCUACUGCCAACCGCUCCUUUUCCAAGUCCUUGCUGACCCCAUCCGUGCGUCCUCACGCUCACAAGCUCCCGCCUCCACCUCUGGGAGGCUCCGGCUCGGGUGGAGCGCUUACAGGCAGCAGUGUGUUUGCUAACCCCUUCAAGGAAAUGGCUGAGGAAAGACUGAAUGUCCUGCAGAAACAUGUACCUCUUACUUUACAAGCUCGCCCCACCCAGAUCGGCGGCAAGCGCAUUUGUGUGGCCUACAGGAAGGAUGGUCGCUGCCGCUUUGGAAGCCGCUGCAAGUUCGCACAUGACAGCGAUCUGCAGAGUAACUGUGUGGUCACCUCUGAUAAUGGACCAAAGGACGAUGCCAAUGUUGCAGGUUCACAAAGUCAUGAUCCGCUGGCUUCUUGUGUGGAAGACACAGAGACAGACGGAGAGAAAGACAAUGAACAACGAAAGAAAAGAAGAGUGGGGGUGAAUGAUUCUCUCAUUCCUCCAAAACGUGCGCUCAAGCAGUAUGCCAGACUCUCACACCCCUAAAAGACAAUAUAACGCUCAUAAAAUGGGCAACAACUCAUUUUUAUGUGAAAAACACUCACAAUGCUGUGUGUGUUAUAUUUAUUGAAUUAAUAUGCUACUAAUUACAUUAUUAGUCUGUAAAAGGUGUAACAGACUUUUUCCAGAGGAGACAAAUGACAGUGUGGUCAAUACAAAAAAAGAGACUCUGCAAAAGAUAUGUAAAGAAUAGAUUUCAUAAUUAAAAUGGAUAUAUUUGGGUCUAGUUUCCAAAAAACCAUUUGUAUCUUACAUUAGUUGAAUUACAUUGUUUUGAAACAAUAAAUCUAAAUACUUACACAUG